AGGUGACUUGACAUAUCUGCCACAGUAGGAAAAUUAGUUUGGCAAUCAGUAAUGUAAUUAAAUUUAAGAUUUUUAUGUUGGUAUACUUGUAUUAGGUUUCCCAGAUCUGGCCCAGACUUUGUUAGUAACCCCAAACCUCAAAACACUGAAACGCUGGCAACAUUUGGACUUAAAUCAACUGCAGAAAAACAAAUCUCUUUACUCAAUAUUAUAAAACAACUUUAUAUCGAAAAAAAAUGUCACUCUCAAUAAAGUUCUGAAAAUGACUCGGAUGAGUGCUGCAACUUACCAGUUAAUAAAUAAAAGGAACUGGAAAACAUGUAUUAUAACCUCAGAAAAACAACAAAGUCACGCACAUAUGUCACAAGAUCAUUUGCUUCACAUCUUAUGCCCUGCAAAUUGUAUACUGCUAUAUAAUCUCAACUUAUCCAUAAAAAGCAGAACUGAAGAGCAGAGCAGUGCAGCCUAAACAAACUACUACAUUAAUACAGGGUUAUAAUGUUAGACAGUGAGAGAUCAGAGAUACCUGAAGCUAUUUAUAACAAUGUAGAUCCUGUAAGACGUCUUGAUCUGAAGAUCACAGAGAAACAGCAGCCACUUCAACACACAGGAAGUGUCUCGGUGAUGAACAGAAAGCACAGAGCAGCUGAAGUGUGUUUGUGUCUGCUGUGUGUUCUUCUGCUGACUGCUGUAAUAGUGCUGUGUGUGUGUUUCACCUCCGAGAGAAAGCAGUUUCUAACUCAGAUCAGUAACCUGACUGAAGAAAGAGAGAAGAUAAUGGAAUACAACAAUAACUUUACUAAUGAAAGAGUGCAGAUAAUGAAUGACCAGAGCCGACUGCAAAGAUGGCUUUAUGCACAAGAUCAGCAAGGGGAACCCUUCAAAUGGAUUUACUACAACUCAAGUUUUUAUUAUAUUUCAUCUGAGAAUAAGAGCUGGAGUGACAGCAGCAAAGAUUGUCAAAAGAGAGGAGCAGAUCUGGUGAUCAUAAAAAAAGACAGUGAAAAAGAGUUUCUGCAGAAGGUUGUUAUUAAGAACAAUUUAUUUUGGGUUGAGCUGAUGAAAAGCCCUUGGAAUGACUACUGUGUUCUAAUGGGAGCAUCAAAGACUCUGCGUUCUGGUUGUGGUGCUACACACCGAUGGAUCUGUGAGAGAACUUUGGAUAAUUAUUAAAUCACUCAUUAUGAAACAAAUGUGUAAAUACAGUAAACUAAAUGCAUAAAGGAUUUUAAGCUGCACUUAUGCUUAGUAUUUGUUAGUCAUUAUGAAAAUUGUGCUUAAGUAACUUCUCUUUUCAUGUUUUACCAUCAAUUUUAAUUUAGCAAUUUGGUGUCCUUACCAACAUAGUUACUAUUGAAAAAUGUAAAAUAUUUCAUUUAUUUUGAUUUUAUAAAUUGUAAAUAAAUUUACUGUGAGCACCUU